UGAGGGACUCAAGACAAAAGCAUAUUAGAAGCGAAAUCAUUUGAGGGUUUUAACUAGGGUUCAAGCACUUCCAUUUCAUUUCUUCCUCAACCUUCUUUUUCGCAAACACCAUGUGGGCACUUCGUCGAGCUUCAUUAUCUCUCAGGAAUAAAAGUUUUAAUGUUAGGGUUUCUUCUGUGAAAUUAUUGCCAAAUACUUCUGUUGAAGAUGAGUCUGGAGUUUUUGAUUCUCCAAAAAUGGUUUGUGCUAAGUGUGGAUUUUCGUCGAUGAAUCUAUGUUAUUGUUCGGGUUCAAAUUCAGGACAUGGUUUUUUAAAAUUUAGUUUGGGUAGAUUAGGGUUUUCUUCGGAAGCUGGUGCGAAAACUACGAAAGAGGAGGAUGAUGAUUUGGAGGAUGGGUUUUCGGAGCUGGAGACGCCGCUGGGUGAGGAAAGUGAAAAAGGGGUAGUUUCUGAUAGUGAAGAUUCUGAUGAGAGUGAUGAAUCGGAAAUUACGGGGCCACAUAAUGAGCUGGAGUUACCGUUAUCGCAUGAUGUGGAUGAGGUUUCAACGGGGAAGAGGUCGAGUAGAAAGAGGGCUGAUUCGGAACUUUUUAAAGCUAUUAUGAAUGGUACCGGGCCUACUAUUUAUACGGCUUUGGAAAAGUGGGUUGAAGAUGGGAAAGAAUUGAGCAGAGAGGAGAUUUCACUGACUAUGAUUAAUCUCCGGAGGCGGAAGAUUUAUUUGAAAGCUUUGCAGCUCUCAGAGUGGCUCGAGUCAAAGAAGCAUCUUGAAUUCGUUGAAAGGGAUUAUGCUUCCCAACUUGAUUUAAUUGCCAAAUUGCAUGGCCUACAUAAGGCAGAAGUUUACAUUGAGAAAAUUCCAGAAUCCUUUAGAGGGGAGAUAAUAUACCGAACUUUAUUGGCUAACUGUGUUACUCAGAACAAUUUGAAGAAAGCAGAAGAAAUUUUUAAUAAAAUGAAGGAUUUAGAGUUUCCUCUUACACCAUUUGCGUGUAAUCAGUUGCUCCUUCUGUAUAAGAGGACUGACAAAAAGAAAAUAGCUGAUGUGUUAUUGCUGAUGGAACAAGAGAAUGUCAAACCUUCUCCUCUGACUUUUAAGAUCUUAAUAGAUGUAAAAGGCCAGUCCAAUGAUAUUGAUGGAAUGGAUCAAAUUGUUGAUCAAAUGAGGGCUGAGGGUAUUGAACCGGACAACUAUACAAAGGCAGUUUUGGUUGGGCAUUACAUCUCAGGCGGGCAUGAUGAUAAAGCUAAAAUGUUGUUGAAGGAGAUGGAAGGUGAAAACUUGAAGGAGAAUCGGUGGGUCUGUCGACUUUUGCUUGCUCUCUAUGCAAAGUUGGGAAUGGCCGAUGAAGUGGGAAGAGUUUGGAAGGUCUGUGAGACACGCCCUUCAGUUGAGGAUUGUGUAGCUGCAAUUGAAGCCUGGGGAAAGUUGAAGAAAAUUGAUGAAGCAGAGGCAGUUUUUGAGGUGAUGGCAAGAAAAUGGAAGCUUACGUCCAAGAACUGCUCAGUACUACUGAAUGUUUAUGCAAACAACAAGAUGCUAACGAAGGGCAAGGAUCUUAUUAAGCGAAUGGCACAUAAAGGAUGUCGAAUAGGCCCGCUGACCUGGAAUGCAUUAGUGAAACUUUAUGUCCAAGCAGGGGAAGUGGAAAAGGCUGACAGUGUUCUGCAGAAGGCAAUCCAGCAGAGUCCGGUGAGGCCAAUAUUUUCUUCCUAUAAUACUCUUCUUGAGGAGUAUUCUAAGAGGGGUGACAUCCAUAAUUCGGAAAAGAUCUUCUACAGAAUGAAACAGGCUGGUUAUAUAUCUCGACUAAAGCAGUACCAAAUUCUUAUAGAGGCAUAUAGGAGGGCCAAUGUUCCAGCUUAUGGGAUUAGGGACAGGUUGAAAGCAGAUAAUGUAUUUCCCAACAAAACUUUGGCUAACUUGUUGGUUCAAGUUGAUGGAUUUAAGAAGACUCAAGCUUCCGAUUUGCUUGAUUGAGGAGAUUGACAGAUCCUUGUGCAAUAAGGUUGUUUCUACGGAUGACUAUGCUAAUGUUGUUAGUUAAAUAGUAGGUUUUGACAUAUUUUAUUUGGAAGUUUCAUAAUCAUGUUUGAAAAACUCAAGAACAAGUAUGUGCUUAUUACAGCGUAAUGUUGCUUUUUAUAUUAAAUCUUGCUGAAGGGUUCUAGAACAUAAAUGAAUCAUUUACAUUUUA